AUGUAUCAGAAAUUCCGUUUCCCGUCGGUCAAAGCCGCCGUGUCCACGGCGGCGUCGGUGGCUGCCACGGCGGUGCUCGUCCGGUCAUUCGCCAGCGAUUUCGUCCCCCACGAGCUCCGCCACUAUCUCCUCUCGAAAUUCCAGAAUUUCCUCUCCACAUUCGCCAACGACAUAACCCUAACCAUCGACGAAGUCGACGGACUCAAACGGAACCACCUGUUCGAGGUGGCGGAGCUCUACAUCAGCACCAUCAAAAGCCCUGCGACGGCGCGGCUCCAAGCCUCGCUUGCGGAAAACGAGAAGAAAAUCAACGUCACCGUCGGCGGUAACGAAGAAAUCGCCGAUCAAUUCGCCGGAAUCAACCUGAAAUGGCGACUCGUCGUCCGUAAGACGGAGCCCAGGCGGGUACAUUACCACGACGAGUUCAAUUCCAGGGUGAGAUCAGACGUUCGAUACAUCGAAUUGGUCUUCCAUAAAAAGCACAAAGCGAAGGUUCUGGAAGAGUACCUGCCUCACGUUCUAGAAGUUUCCAUGGCGGUUAAAGAAGGCAGGAAGACUCUGAAAUUACAUACCUUAAGAAAUGACGGUAUGAUGGGGGAGCGAAUUUCGCCAUGGCAGUCUGUAAAUCUCAAUCAUCCGGCGAAUUUCGAGUCUCUGGCCAUGGAUGACGAUAUGAAGCAGAUGAUCAUCGAUGAUCUCGACCGAUUCGUGAAGAGGAAAGAGCUUUACCGGAAACUCGGAAAGGCGUGGAAGAGAGGAUACCUGCUGUACGGUCCGCCGGGGACGGGGAAAUCGAGCUUGAUCGCCGCCAUGGCUAAUUAUCUCAACUUUGAUGUUUACGAUCUCGAGCUCACUGAUAUCCAUCACAAUUCCAAUCUGAGGAAAUUGCUGAUUUCGACGGGGAAUCGAUCUAUUCUGGUGGUGGAAGACAUCGACGCAGCAUCGAUUGAUCUGUCGGAGAGGAAUGCGGCGGAGGCUCCGCCGCCUCCUUCGGGGCAUCCUUUUCACACGCCGAAGAUCACCUUAUCGGGGCUGCUGAAUUUCAUCGACGGAUUGUGGUCGAGCUGCGGCGACGAGCGGAUCAUCGUGUUCACGACAAACCACAAAGAAAAGCUCGACUCGGCAUUGCUUCGGCCGGGCCGUAUGGACGUGCACAUCCACAUGUCGUAUUGCACUCCCCGCGGCCUCAAUAUGUUAGUGAAGAAUUAUUUGGGGGUCGUGGAGGAUCCGUUGGUGUUGGAGGCGGAGAGAAUGGUUGCCUCGGCUAAGGUGACUCCCGCCGAAAUUGGCGAGCAGUUGUUGAAGAGCGACAACCCCAGGGUUGCGCUUCGCGGGUUGAUUAAGUUCCUCGAGCAAAAAAAGGAAGAAAACUUGCAAGAAUUGGAUAAAAAGAAUAUAGCGGCGACUAAGGAGGAUGUUGAAGCUCCGGUGGACAUAGAGAAUUGAUAGAGGCGGCGAAGCGACUACCGCCGGCCGGAAAGUCGACGGAAAAAGUUUUCGAGGCCGAGGAAAAUGGGGGUUCUAGAAGUGAACGAUAAAAAAUAAUAAAUGUGAAAGACGUCUCAUAUGCUAUAUAAUAAAUAUAAUAUAUAAGUAUAUAUGUAUAUGGGUAUGUUGAAUGUGAUAUGAUAUUGUUGGAUUUUU